CUCGUGAAUACGUGCGCUCUCUCAGCCUCCACAGUCGCCUCCUUGUCGGACCACACCGCGGAACACUCGGGGUGACCAUCGGCGUUCUCACGGGAUCAAAAAUGGUGAAAAUUGCCACAGUGAAGACCAAGCCGUACGCGGACCAGAAGCCCGGCACGAGCGGUCUGAGGAAGAGGGUGACGGUGUUCCAGCAGAACCAGCACUAUGCGGAAAACUUCAUCCAGAGCAUUAUCUCCGUGGUUGACCCUGCGGAGCGCCAGGGGGCCACCCUGGUGGUCGGGGGGGACGGCAGAUUCUUCAUGAAAGACGCCAUUCAACUGAUCGUCCAGAUCGCUGCGGCCAACGGGAUAAAUCACCUUGUAAUUGGUCAGAAUGGCAUCAUGUCCACCCCAGCCGUCUCCUGUGUGAUCCGCAAGAUAAAGGCAGUGGGGGGGAUCAUUCUCACAGCCAGCCACAACCCAGGGGGCCCCAAUGGAGAUUUUGGCAUCAAGUACAAUAUUUCAAGUGGAGGUCCUGCUCCUGAAGGCAUCACGAACAAAAUAUUUGAGAUCAGUAAAGGCCUGCAGGAGUAUCACAUCUGCCCGGAUCUCAAAGUGGACAUUUCUACGAUCGGGAAACAGACUUUUGAAGUGGAAACGUUUAAGCCUUUUAUUGUGGAGAUUGUUGAUUCGGUGGAAGCCUACGCUGAGAUGCUAAGGGACAUUUUUGACUUUCCUGCACUAAAGAAUCUUCUCUCUGGGCCCAAUCACAUCAACGUCCGUCUGGAUGCUAUGCAUGGAGUGGUUGGUCCCUACAUCAAGAAGAUCGUCUGUGAAGAGCUGGGUUCUCUUGCCAACUCGGCCGUCAACUGUGUGCCACAGGAGGACUUUGGGGGCCACCACCCUGACCCCAACUUGACCUACGCUGCUGACCUGGUCAACACCAUGAAGGGUGGAGAGUAUGACUUGGGAGCUGCCUUUGAUGGUGACGGUGACAGAAACAUGGUGCUGGGUAAACAUGGCUUCUUUGUGAACCCCUCUGACUCUGUAGCCGCCAUUGCUGCCAACAUAACCAGCAUUCCUUACUUUAAGAAGACCGGCGUCAAAGGCCUGGCCCGCAGCAUGCCCACUAGUGGAGCUUUGGACAACGUGGCUAAAGCUCUGCAGAUGGAACUCUAUGAAACUCCAACCGGCUGGAAAUUCUUUGGCAAUCUGAUGGAUGCUGGGAAACUUUCGCUGUGCGGAGAGGAGAGCUUCGGCACCGGCUCGGAUCACAUUCGGGAGAAGGACGGCUUGUGGGCGGUGCUUGCGUGGCUGUCCAUCUUAGCCACCAGGAAACAGAGCGUGGAGGAGAUCAUGAAGGAUCACUGGCAGAAGUUUGGCAGAAACUUUUUCACCAGGUACGAUUACGAAGAGGUGGACUCGGAUGCUGCUAACAAAAUGAUGAAAGACCUGGAGGCACAAAUGUCAGAACCGUCCUUUGUAGGAAAGACAUUCUCAUCAGGCGACAAGAGUUACGUGGUGGCUGUAGCUGACAACUUUGCCUACACAGACCCAGUAGACGGCAGCGUGUCCAAAAACCAGGGCCUCCGGAUCAUCUUCUCCGAUGGCUCUAGGAUUAUUUUCCGUCUCAGUGGCACAGGCAGUGCAGGAGCCACCAUCAGGCUGUACAUAGACAGCUAUGAAAAGGAUCCCCAGAAGAUUUACCAGGACCCACAGGUGAUGCUGGCCCCCCUGGUGGACAUCGCCCUCAAGGUCUCGCAGCUCCACGAGAGAACGGGACGCACCGGGCCGACUGUGAUCACAUGAUACCUCUGCCUCAUCACGAGCGCGCCCGAUUAGCAACAUGAUACCUCUGCUUCCUCAGAGGUGAAGCUGCCCCCACCACCACCAUCCUUUGUGCUAUUCUGCCCUCAGUUAUUAAAUUGGAUAAAAGUGGAAAAUGCGUGUCAUGCAAGGGAAUAGUUUAGGUCUUCUGAUUUUGCUCAGAGUUAAUCACUGCCAUCCUGUAGCACCAGACUGUAGUGAGCUUUAAAAGAUGCACGGCGGGUGUUGAAAGUUGUGUUUUUGUCUGUGUCGCAGCACAUGUGUGUAACCUCCUAACACGUGUUUAUUUAGCUUUACAUCAUGAAACGCUAAAGCGAGGGGAAAGCAGUGACUCUGGGCAGCAUGAUCAUUUUCCCUCCACCUCUUCCCCUGGUGCCUUCCUCCCCCCUCUCCGAUGAAUUCUUCCAGGUUCCUAAAAUCACCUCUCAGCCGGAACCACCUCUAAAGUCACAAAAAUAAAAUCUAAUCAAAAAGGACAAAA